UUUCUAAACAUAGUCACAUGCGUCAACACUCUAAGUGCUUAAAACUCAUUAGAACCGUCAGUCAUUAUAUCAUUUCUAGAGUCCUAACAUGACUACAGCUAUUACGAAAAAUUUUACUUACGCACAGUAGGAUGACAUGUUCUUUCCAGAAAAAAUCACAAUUUUGAUACAAAACAGUACAGCGUAGUUUUCAUAACUGAUUUCUGCAGCUUAUAUUUAUCCUGGGAGAUAAAUUCAUUUUUUUAGCAAUGGCUCCUUUGACUACUACUGUGGAUCAGUACAAAUUAUCUUCUCUUCCAACUGAUGGUGUUACUGCUGUUCGUUUCCAACCUGGGAAAGCAGCUCCACAAUUCCUAGUCGCUUCAAGUUGGGACUGUACGGUGCGAAUUUAUGAUGUGGCUUCAGGAAGUCAACGUUUGUUUUACCAACAUAGUACUCCAGUUUUAGACACCGCUUUUUCUGAUACUGUACACGUUGUCAGCGGUUCACUAGAUGGAGAAUUAAAAUUGUUCGACUGCAACACUAAUCAGAAUCAAACUUUAGGUUCAUGUUUGAGAGCUAUUAGUACGAUGCAUUACAAUUCAAAUAUUCAGGCUUGUAUCACAGGUAGUUGGGAUUGUACUGUACGUAUAUGGGACCCACGUGCUUCUGUAGCAUCAUCCAAUGCAACUGAUUCAAAAGGUGGAGCACAAAGUGUUCAUCGUCAACCUAGUACAGUGUAUACGAUGGAUAGUAUACGCAACCAACUGGUUGUAGGUACAGCUGGACGUCAUGUACUAAUAUGGGAUCUCCGUCAAAUGCAUGCACCUUUAGAACAGCGUGAAUCAAGCCUCAGAUACCAAACUCGAUGUAUCCAAUGUUUUCCAAAUGGACAGGGUUAUAUAUUAGGUUCGAUUGAAGGUCGGAUAGCUGUCGAAAUGUUUGAUCCUAGCCCGGAGGUUCAAAAGAAAAAGUAUGCUUUUAAAUGCCAUCGUGUUAAAGAAGGCGAUAAAGAAACGAUUUAUCCAGUAAUUGCCAUCGCCUUUCAUCAAGGAUACAAUACGUUUGCUACAGGUGGUUGUGAUGGUAUUGUAAAUAUAUGGGAUGGGUUUAAUCGUAAAAGACUUGCUCAAUUAUCAAAGUAUCCAACUAGUAUAUCAAGUUUAGCAUUUUCCGAAGAUGGUAAUUUACUAGCUAUUGCUUCUUCAUACAUGUAUGAACGUGGUCCAAUUGAAAAUGAACCAGAACCAACUAUUUACAUAAGAAGUGUUGCUGAAAAUGAAGUCAAACCUAAACAUAUCAGUAAUACUAAUAAUGUUAGUGCUACUGGUGGCGGAGGUGGUACUACUGGAGCCAAUGUUGGUUAUAAAGGUUAA